AUUACAUUUAAACACUUGAAAAAUCAAAAAACAUAAAUUCAUCUACAGAAUAAAAGGAAUGCAAAAUUGAUUCUUUACCUAGCCACAUACCGACACUUAUCAACAGUGAAGUUUGUUUCGACAAGAAGGAUGGCUUUAGGCAGUGUGAGAAAGAUAAACUGAGUUACAUACAAUCUGUAGUGCGGGAAUCUUCACAGAAGCUUCUAGUUAAUAAAAAGGAAUUCUCUAAUUCUCGCAAACAUAAAGUAUUAUUGGUAGGCGACAGCCACUUACGUGGUUAUGCAGCUCAUAUGAAAGCUUUUUUGAAUGAUCAGUUUGAAGUGUCUGGGUAUGUUAAGCCAGGAGCUUCAUCAAAAAUGGUGAUGGAGUCGGCAAAAAGUGACAUUGAAAAACUCACAAUGGACGAUUUUUUAAUUUUGUGUUGUGGGUCGAAUGAUGUAAGAUACCUUAAAAAGGUAUUUUAUAAUGUGACUAGCUUUGUAAAAAGGGUUAAUCAAACUAAUGUAAUCUUAAUGUGCAUCCCUUAUAGGUAUGAUCUUAGGAAUUCUCAUAUUAAUAGUGAAAUUCAAGCCUUUAAUAGAAAGUUAUGCAAGCUAGCUAAGAUCUUUUCUCAUGUCAAUGUAAUAGAGAUGCAUAACAAUAGACAACUAUUUACUGCACAUGGAUUGCAUCUGAACAGCUUGGGUAAAGAGUUGCUUUCUAGUUAUCUACUUCUUCAUAUUUAUUCAGCGUUGAAAGAAGAUAUGGGCUCAGUAAUAACUCUUGCUUGGCGAGAUAGCAAUUUUCAGGUUACCUCUUCUCCUGUUGCUAGUUAUUCCACUCCCCUAACUAUUUCAGAUAAUCAGAAUCUAACAACUAAUGAAACUAUUUUGGACAGGUUAGCCAGUACUCCCCGUUUAGAUAAAGAAAGUUUAACUAGUUGUACUGUAAAUGGCAACAUAAAAGUAGGUAAUCCUAGCAUAUUGAAGACUAGAACUUCUAGUAGAAUCAAAAAAGCCCCUGUGACAAAAAAAGAUUUUUUAUGGUAAAGUCAACCUCUAGAUCACAGACAGGUAAAUCCAUUCCUUCGUUGAAUAAAGAUGUAAGUGCUAAUCAAUCAGCUGUGAGAAACACUGUCAAAUUGAAUAAUGCUAAACCACCUUAUGAUACUGUUCAUAAGAACCAUAUUCAUCCUUCUAACAAAUUAUUACAGGAUCAUUAUAAUAAAAAUAAACUAACAAUUCUUCAUCAAAAUAUACGAGGAAUUAUUAAUAAAGUUGAUGAAUUCUUAAAUUCAUUAUCUCUUAAUGCACCUCAAAUUAUCUGCUUAUCGGAACACCACUUGAAAACUGAUGAAAUAAGUGAAGUAAAUUUUGAUCACUAUACUGUCGGUACUUCCUAUUGUAGACAAACAUACAGUCAUGGAGGUGUGUGUGUUCUUGUUCAUAAGAAUAUCCAAUUUAAUACUAUUAACCCAGACCAAUUUAACAAAGAGAAGGAUCUUGAAAUUUGUGCUUUGAAGUUAAACGUAGCUUCCAACAACUUCACUAUUAUUUGUAUUUAUAGAUCUCCAACCGGCAACUUCUCAUACUUUUUAAAUCAGUUGGAAUUAAUUCUGAACAAAGUACACAAAACAUCAAGUGAAUUAAUUUUAUGUGGUGAUCUCAAUAUAAACUAUCUUAAUGACAGUUCUAGGAAAGAUCUCUUAGAUUCUCUUUUAGCCUCUUUUAAUCUCUUCAGUACGAUUAACUUUCCUACCAGAAUCUCUAAUAACUCUUGCACCUUAAUAGAUAAUAUCUAUAUCAAUACUCAUCGUCAUGAAUAUUCCGUGCACCCUGUUAUUAAUGGUCUAUCAGACCAUGAUGCUCAGGCUAUUACCUUAAAUAAUAUCUCCAUUCCUGUCCCUAAACAUGUAUCCACCUAUACGAGAAACAUUAACAACUACUCGAUAAGUCAGUUUACAUGUCUGUUAAGUUAUGAAAAUUGGGAAGAUGUUUUUCUUGAAACCAAUGUCAAUGUAAUUUUUAAUAAUUUUCUCAACACAUUUCUAAGAAUCUUCUAUUCAUGUUUUCCUGUAAAAAAAUCCCAGUACUCUUAUAAACAAAAACCAUGGCUAACUACUGGUAUUAGAAUUUCAUGUGCAAAUAAAAGCCAAAUUUCAAGGAAUAUUACAAGAAAUAUUGUCGAACCUUGGCUAGGGUCAUUAUGGCAGCAAAAAAAUUUUAUUAUAAUAAACUUCUAUUAAAAUCUAAUAAUAAGACCAAAACCACUUGGAACAUACUUAAAACCAUUACUCAUAAUAGAAGUACUAGUAAUAAUAUAUCCUCAAUGACAAUAAAGGAUAAAUUAUCAUGUAAUCCAUUAGCCAUAGCAAAUGCAUUUAAUACUUACUUUUCAUCUGUAGCUGAAAAUUUACUUACCAAAAAUGUCUCUAGAAAAACCAUUAUUAAUAAUAAAGAUUUCUUAUCUUAUUUACAUCAGAAUUUCAUACAGUCGUUUUCAACGAUGAAACUCAGAAACACUACCACUUAUGAAAUUGAAAAAAUAAUACACUCUUUGAAAUCUAAGAAUUCUCAUGGGUAUGAUGAGAUAUCAUCAAGAAUUCUGAAAGUUAGUACUCCCUAUGUUUUAUCGCCCUUAACAUACAUAUUUAAUAUGAUCCUACAAACAGGUAUAUUUCCGGAUAGAUUAAAAUUCUCAGAAGUUAAGCCGUUAUAUAAGAAAGGAGAUAAAACUGAA